GGCCUGAGCUAUGAUGAGAACAGGCGUCGAGCGAAGAAGUUGAAGAUCAACUGCGAGACGGUGCGGAACGCGCUUCUGGCUCCUCCGGCGAAUGUCCGGCGUCUGCUGGACAAGCUGCCCGGCAGCGGGGUCCACGCGAAAGAAUGGGACGUCGAACUGUUUGUCUUGGAAUUGCUCAAGCCACUGCGCGGAUUGGCUGGCGCGCCUCACCUCUGGCAAGUGGCUGCGACAUUAUAUAUGGUGGACGUUCUUCGUGCCAGAGUGAGCCUGUGGGUCGAGAACUUCGCCCACUGGACGCAUGCCGAUUUGCCGGGCAAGAUCCGAAGUCAAGCUCAAGAGGCACGCUCCGUUGACGAUGUCGCUGCAGCUCUAUCCAUUCAUGCUGACGACCUUCUGUCAACAGGCCGCUCUAGGCACCUCGAACACUUCCUCGGACUGCCGGAGGCCAAGUUUGGAGCGGUAAAAGGGCAGCAGCAUCCGUUCACCCACAAUGGUGCACGGCAUUCGAGGUUGAAGGACGGCACGAUACUUCUGCAGCAGAUCCAUCAGCUGAGCAAGAUACCCUUCUGCCAAGUACCUGAGGGAGUUGAUGACAAGAUGGUGACAGGAGUGUAUGCUCAUGGGUUCAGAAGCAUCCUGACUUCGAUGCUGUUCCUAUGCCAGCGCAACAUUCACAUCAUGACGGAGGUGACCCAGCUGCAGGGCUUCAACAAUGAACCUAGGAUCGUGCACCUCAAGAGG